AUGAGUAGUUUUCAUCUUACCUGCGCAUUCAUGGGUCCCCUUGCAAAGAAAAUGAGAUGUUGUGGUUUCGAAGAAGUCCUCAUCGAAUCAGGGAUCUGUGCAAGUGGAUCGAUAGAGCAAGUUUUGACAGGCAAACGUUAUAACCACGCUCUUUGUGUGCACAAGGUUGUCUACGAAGCUUUGGAACGAAUUCUUCUUCUGGGCUACGAGUCGUCGCAUGGUCGUCUUUUUGAUAAGCAAGGGGUUAUAACAUUAGACAAUCUAGCGAAGAACCCGUGCAAAGAUAACCUCUUAGCAUGUUUAGCAAGUGAAAGGUGUAACAAGUCCCUAGACCGUUAUGGUAAAUUCAAAAAAACUGUUCGGCAGGGCGCGCUUGGCAAGACAGCUCAGUUUUGGUUGAGCUACAUGGAAAAGGUAGGCCUAAUUCUAAAGUUCCAUCGAGCGACUAAAGAGAAUUGCCUGACGCUUCACCUAGCAAGCCUCCAAAGAAUGUGCAGCAUGUUUUUCAGCUUUGAUCACCUAAACUAUGCAAGAUACUCUGCAUUCUACUUGUUGAAUAUGUUGAACCUGGAAAAACGCAUCCAGGAGCAGAGGAUCUGUUGAAGAAUAACGGCUUUAGUGUUAACAGAUCAGAUCUUCUAUCAUCUAGAAAUGCCGUUGACAUAACCAUUGAGCAAACAUAGAACCGUCAUGCGAAAUCUCACAGCGGAAUUGUUGGUUUUAGCCGGAACCGUGCUGCCUACUACAGAUGGUGCCGCACUAGACAUGCAAGAGCAAGCUAUCUACAAGCAACCAAAUUAAAGAGAUAGCGAAUAUCGACACUCUGGAGUCUACCUCGCACAAGGAGGUAAGAUGUUCGCAGAUAUUGAAGAGUGAGCAAGACACGUGUUGCGUCAUGGAAGCGAUAAAUAGCUUUAUUAAUCCUUUCACAAUUGAAGAUAGGGACGCGCUGUAUUGUCUGUCAUCCAGUGCUCCCGUGCCCUCGAAUGUGGAGAAUGACAUUCUUAUGUCUGAUGAAAUUGGCAAGAAAGCCCACAAGCAGUUCGUUCUGGACAGGCUUAUAGACAAAACCGUCAGCUUUCACGAGCCAGUGAAAAAGCGAAAUCUAAAAACUGUAGCAAAUCAAGCCAAAACUUCACUAGUCCAAGGAAAGGCAAGAAAGAACAUAGAAAUAACUGCAGAAAGAAACGUUUGGGGCAACUUGUUAUACUGGCACUGCAGCAUGAGCUUAGCCUAG